AUGCUUCCAGGACUAAUUUCUCGCCCCAAUCGGGCGUCUCGACUCAAGCGCUACUCUGUUCGGCCAUUCUGCUGGUCCAUCUUACUUCUGACCCUACUUGGACUUUCUAGCUGGGCUCUGGGGCGGCUGAGACAUGAACCAGUUGAUUUCAUUCUUCAGCGGCUUCGCCAGCGUGACAACGCAGUCGAGUGUCGCUUGGUUCGUCAAGCCGAGGAUCAGUGCAGCUUUAUCCGGACAAAUUGUGCUGAUGAUCAAGAUGGACUUUUAUCCUACCUUGAGCUUUAUUACUGCACCCUAGCAGAUGCGAAGCCACUGGCACUCAUUAUUAUCAUCUUGUGGCUGUCACUUCUAUUCAGUACCAUCGGAAUUGCUGCCAGUGAUUUCCUCUGCAUUGACUUGAGCACACUGGCCAGCGUUCUCGGUUUAAGCGAAAGCCUCACUGGCGUCACUUUCCUUGCCUUCGGCAACGGAAGCCCCGACGUUUUCUCCACAUUUGCGGCCAUGCGAUCAAACAGUGGGAGCCUGGCCAUUGGAGAACUGAUCGGCGCAGCAAGCUUCAUAACAUCGGUGGUUGCUGGUUCGAUGGCGCUGGUCCGUCCAUUCAAGGUCGCGCGGAGGAGUUUUCUGCGAGACGUAGGUUACUUCGUCGUGGCUGUGAGUUUCAGUAUGUUUCUACUUGGUGACGGACGCCUACAUGUUUGGGAGUCAGCCACAAUGGUAGCUCUAUACUGUUUCUAUGUGGUACUUGUUGUAACAUGGCACUGGUACUUCCUGCGACGGCGCCGAGCCUACGAGCGCGACCUAGCAGCACGGUCACACUUCCAUAUACCCGAUAAUCAGGAACUAGACAUUGAGGAGAUGGACAAUGAUGAUCCCGGGGUAGCCUCCGAGUCAACGGGUCUCCUCGGUGGCGAAGAUUUCCACGCGCUUGAAAGGUCCGAUGGUGCAAUCUGGAGGGAAGGAGAGGAAGACGACGACACCCGCAACCGUUACUUAGCCGAGAUACGGGGCAACAUGCAUGUCUUCCGCCCAGUUGCUCGCCGACGAAAUACAAUGAAUCCAAUCCGUCCAAGCCUCGUGGGUGCACUGGAGUUCCAGUCCAUUCUUGCCUCUCUUGAGAAAUCGAGGAACUUUCAGUCAAUCGCCCCACCCGUCAAUCUUGAUCGAUCUUCAGAUAUCGAUGAGUUGGCCUCGCCAUAUAUGCAUUCCGACAAUAUGUCGGUUGCAUCUCAUCCGCACGCUAGUCAACCUUUGGCCAACAACCGCCUGCAUUGUAUUCAAGCGCGUGGUCCGACACGAGGUCGAGCUGUGUCUGCUAACGCUGCGGUAGACCUGAAACUGGACACAACCCUGUUAGAUUCUUGUUCACGACAACCAUUACUAACUAUUAGGCACCCUUCGACUGACCAUCAAGCGAUGCCUAGUGCACAUCAGUCUGACUACCCACCCCAGAGUCCCAACUUGCUUGCUCCUCCAGAUACUUUCCGCUUCCCUACCUACCAAUCAUCAACCUCGCACCCCUGUUCUCCACUGCCGAUUUCCCCGCGGGGGACGGCUAUAUCUACGGAUGCUCCUCUAGAUAGCCCAACCAGCCCAUUCCCACUUCUUGUAGAUGGGAUAAAUCCUGUGUCCUCGAGGGCAUCCAGCCUACGCUUACCGCCUGCUACAAGCCCUACGGAAACACUGCAGAUUCAGGACAGUGUCCUUGACAAUGAGGGCAAUCGAAUUAAUGCUCCAGCGAUACCUCUGACAACGUCUUGGUCCAAAUUCGAGUCGAUCAUUUUCACCCUUUUCCCUACAAUUGCUGGCUGGAGAUCUAAAUCUAUUUGGGAACGACUUCUAGGAGUCGUCGCAGCUCCUAGUGUGUUUCUCUUAACUAUCACGCUCCCUGUUAUCGAAGCAGCACCACCAAUCCCUGAUGCGGGGGCAGUUUCUGUCGUCAUAACACCUGCGGAUGCUGUCAACGCCCCGGCGCCCUUGGUAUCUUUACCAGAGGACAGCCCGCUCCUGCAUGCGCUUGAUCAGGACGCUAUGGCUGAGCAUACUUUUCAUCCAAGUCAGAAAUCUCAGUGCGCACCAUCACGAUUGCGGUUCGACUCUGAAAUUCCGGCCGCCCAGACAAGCCUGGAUUCGACUUCAAUGACCACCAAAGACUGGUGCUCUUGGCUAGUUUGGGUCCAGCUUUUCAUCGGCCCUUUAUUUGUGGCUUUGAUCACAUGGACAGCUAUGGAUCCCGAUCUGGAGAUUCGUAAUCUGCUGUUACCGUUCUUGCUUUCACUCCUCUUCUCUCUGACCUGUAGCACAGCCCUUAUAAUCAGCACGCGACACCGCUCAAUUUCCCAGCCUCCAGAUGAGUGGCGGCCCUUUCUAGCGCUUCUCGGGUUUGUGGUUGCCAUCUUCUUGAUUGCGACAAUCGCCACCGAAGUGGUCAAUCUUCUCAAGACCUUGGGUGUUAUUUUAAACAUCAGUGACUCUCUUCUGGGGCUCACCGUUUUUGCAGUGGGAAACUCCUUGGGCGAUCUCGUUGCAGAUAUUACCGUUGCGCGCUUGGGCUAUCCUGUCAUGGCUUUGAGUGCUUGCUUUGGGGGCCCCAUGCUCAACAUUCUUCUCGGAAUUGGCUUGGGCGGGCUAUAUAUGACGGUGAAUGCGCGGCCCGAAGCUAUCGCAGCGCAUGGCGGCUCAUACGAAAUCGAGGUCUCUAAAGUGCUUAUCAUCAGUGGUGCUACCUUGUUGAUCACUCUGCUUGGGUUAUUGGUUGUAGUCCCGUUGAAUGGAUGGAGAAUGGACCGUAAGAUCGGGUGGGGUCUCGUGAUCUUAUGGUUUAUCAGUACACUAGGCAAUGUUAUUGCUGAAAUCCUGAGUUGA